CCCCAACCUUUUGACUUCCCACUUCCACUCGCGUUUCCUUCUUCAACUUCCGUAGAGAGAGAGAGAGAGAGAGAGAGAGAGAAUGGCGAGGGCAGUGAGAGGAGUGAUUCUCGACGAGUCGGUGCUGUUGGCUACGCUCGGAGAUGGCGGCUGCUCUCUGCAACCGGACGCCGAGCCUCUUCUCCGCCGGCUUCGCCACUCGCAGAUCCCCACGGGAAUCUUGAACGAGGACGAUGCGUCAGCUGAGAAGGAAGGUUUUUUGAAAAAGCUGGCAACGACAUACUCCUUUGAUUACUUUAGCUUCAAUGCGAGCUCCAUAGAUGAUGCCACAUGUGAUAUUGGCAAAGCUUGGGGGGAAACUGAAGGGAAUAUACUGUAUGUAGUCUCUGAGAAUAAGAAGGAAGCCUGCGUUAGAUUGAGAAGCUGCAGUUGGUUGACUACUGUUGUCAAACUCGAGAGCAGCAGUAAGUGUGAGACUUGGGACUUGCCUAUUAACAUGCUUGGAGAGCUCCCUUUGACCAUAUGCAACUUAAUUAAAAAGGAAAGUGGGAAUGGUGUCCUGAGAGUUGGUUACAUUAUGAAGCCAUCACGUGAAGAAGACUUUGCUAAGAGAGGGGCAUUCCCAAUGUAUCCUACUCAAAAUGGGCUGAGUUUUGUGCCUCUCAUCUUCAAACUCCCACUAUCUUCUCAAUUACAAGGUGUCGACUUGGUUCUUCAUAAAGCUACUGAUGAAAUAGUAUCCCUCAACUUGAACAGCUCUUCAGAACUAACAGAAAGAGUUACUUUCAGUGAAGGCAUGCAAGAACUGAAAAGGUUCUUGGAGCAUAAUCCACAGUGUUGUGUUAUCGAUCCAUUUGAUAAAGUUUACCCUGUAUUGGAUCGUCUGGAGAUUCAAAAUAUACUAUGUGGACUACAGGAUCUUAGCAUGGAGGACAGUUAUAGAAUCAGGGGUGCCCAUUAUCUCAAGGUUGAUACUUUUAACGAGCAUGAAUUGAUAACAAGACUUUCAGAAGCAAAGCUAUCUCCUCCCUGCAUAGUAAAACCACAAGUUGCCUGUGGAGUAGCUGAUGCUCAUAGUAUGGCAAUUGUGUUCAAAGUGGAGGAUUUCAUGGAUUUGAAAGUUCCACUUCCAGCAAUUAUUCAGGAGUACGUUGACCAUUCUUCUACCUUGUAUAAAUUUUAUGUCCUGGGACAUAAAGUUUUCCAUGCUGUUAAAAAAUCUAUCCCAAAUGGACAUACGCUGAUGAAAUUAGCUGGAAAAAGCGGACUACAACCUCUAGUCUUUGACAGUUUAAAAUCUCUACCUACUGCCACAAACUCUCAGUCUAGAGGUGAUGACUCUAGCGCCACUUCUGCCGAGUCUCUCAAUCUUACUCUGGUCACUUGUGCUGCAAAGUGGCUUUCCGAAAGGCUUGACCUGACCAUCUUUGGCUUUGAUGUUGUCGUUCAGGAUGGAAGUCGGGAUCAUGUAAUCGUAGAUGUGAACUAUCUCCCGUCGUUCAAGGAGGUGCCUGAUGACAUCGCGAUACCUGCAUUUUGGCAUGCCAUUAGGAGGAGGUAUGAAUUGAGGAGGACAAACAGAUAAGAAGGUGGUUCGUCAUGUUAAUUUCCAUCUGCAAAAUUUUCUGAUCUCAACUAACUUUAUAGAAAGGCCCAAAGUGGGAUAAUUUUGAAGAUGAGGCACUUCAUAUAGGAUGUCUGCGACAGAAUACGGAACAGGCUCCGUCCAUGAAGAGUAUAUAUCUGCCUGUUCACCCCAAUUGGCUUCUCAGAAACUUAUUCAAAUGCUUAGUGAUAGAAGUGUGACUUAUAUAAAGAGGGCUAAAACGAACGUCAACUUUUCAUGGUUCUAACUGCAAUUUUACAGUUUAAGCAUGGCUGAGAAGGAAGCCGCAUUUUUUAAGCUCAAUGUUUGGUUGGAUAGGAUAGAGAUUCGGUCCAAGAUAUGCUCGGUUGCGUCGUGCUUUCAGAUUGUUCAGCUGGUGGAGUAUGACUGCUAAUCUUAAAUUGUCCUCCUUGAGUGGACCCUUCAAUCUGGAUCAUAUCCUCAGUUUCGGCCUACUGAACAACUUGAUAACAACUAAGCUCAACACAUUUGAGUCAUUUUCUAAUAAAUAACGACCAGUCCCUCUCGGAGAAAUUUUUUGUAGGUUCAAGAUGAGAUGAGGUCUUUUAAUAAGCGUGUGAUGGAUGAUGGAAUCAAAGCUUCUUUUUCAUACAAUGGUUUUUGUCUACCGUUGCUUCGUUUGUCACUGAACCUUUAAGUCUUUUAAGUUAUUCCUCAAGUUAUACCGCCACUAGCUAGAUUUCUGAGAUGGUUUCUAGUCACGCAACAGCAGUUGACGAUAAGAUGUUGACGAGCAUCGGGCAAGAUUGUUGUUCGGCGAUUUGCAAUUGAUGCCACGCGAUGUAACCACUUGAUGUAACUUCUCUUUUAGUUUCUUUAUCUUAGCUCCGUCGCUCGAGGUAGUGCAUCGAGGAAGUUACUUCUACUUUCGACUAGUCGAAAAUUGUUAUGAGCUGAUUUCCCCCGGAUCGAUCUUGAGCACGGUGGUGAGACGCGGCAUCAAUCUGCUAGGCAUUGGAUCUCCUCCUUUUGAGUAUGGUUCAUAGUAAACGGCCCAGCAAGAAGCAUGCUUUGGAAGAAAUUUAGCAAGUGGG